AUGAAAUCUCUGGAAGUCGACAAGCACGUCAACUUCUUGGUCAAAGCAGCGACUACGAGAGGCUUCGAAUGGGAGAUGACAGAGUAUCUUAGAAUGUCUGGCAUCUAUUGGUCCCUAACUGCUCUUGAUCUUCUCGGACAACUAGAUAAACUUCCUCGGGAAGAAAUGAUCGCAUAUGUCUUCUCCUGUCUCCACGAGAACGGUGGAUUCUCUCCCGCUCCAAAUCACUAUCCAACUAUUAUCUACACAUUAUCCGCUAUCCAAGUCCUGGUGAUUCUCAAAGCGCUAGAUCAGCUCGGAGAAAAGAAAGAAAAAGUUAUCGAGUUCGUCAAAUCUCUUCAAAAUACGGACGGCUCAUUUAUCGGCAGCCCAGAUGACGACGAAGAAGAAACAGACACGCGAUUCUCUUUCUGUGCUGUUGCGACAUUGAAACUGCUCAAUUCAUUGAAUGCAAUUGAUCUCGACAAAACAGUACAGCACAUAAAGGCCUGUCAAAACUUUGACGGCGCUUUUGGAGUCCGGGUGGGGAGUGAAAGCCACGCAGGGCAAGUUUUUUGCUGUGUUGGAACACUCGCGCUCUUGGAAAAACUGGACAUCGUUGAUCAGGAAUUGCUUGGUUGGUGGCUUGCUGAUCGUCAGCUACCGUGUGGAGGGCUGAAUGGAAGACCGAUGAAAAAGGAAGAUGUCUGCUACUCUUGGUGGGCACUUUCCAGUCUUGUCAUGAUCAAGAAAUCUGCUUGGAUUGAUCAUAAAAAACUCGCUGAAUUCAUCCUCUCCGCUGCAGACGAGGAAAUGGGAGGAAUAGCAGACCGACCGGGAGACAUUCCAGAUCCAUUCCACACACUCUUUGGCAUCGCUGGAUUGUCUUUACUGCAGUACAAUAACAACUUAGAGCUUGAUAUUUCAAGCUCAAAGGAGAAUGUAAAACUGAAACCAAUUGACCCAGUACUUUGCCUGCCAUCAUACCUUCUUCAUGAAAAAUAG